AAUCAGUCAAAUUAACGUUAACCAAUUUGAGUCUUAAUAUCAUUGAAUAACCUAAUUGAGUUGACCUCUGUUUACCAUAAGCGAACCUCUGCCUCUCGUACUUCCUCAAUCAUUAUCUUUCUUUACUAGUAUUCUUGCUUUCGGAGUCUCUCUCUUUCAAAUAUCUACUUUACUUCAAACAUUGAGUUUCAGUUUUUUUCUUCCAAUGUCGACGGAAAAAACCAAAGAGGAAGGGGAAAUGGAGGAGUCACUGAAUUAUGGUCACCAACAUCCCCUACUUCUUAUGUUGAAUGAAGAUCAGCUGAUGAUUGCAGCUAACUGCUCAAGGUGUGCCGGGAAGGUGUCAAUUCCAUGUUUUAGUUGUGCCGAGGGUUGUGGGUUUUACCUUCACAAGGUAUGUGCUGAGGCACCUUUGGAGCUUAAUCACCCUUUUCAUCACGACCAUCCUCUUCUUCUUAUGCAUCGUAGUCUUCUCAUUAAGAAUCCAGGUUACUUAUCAGGGUACUUGUGCGAUUUUUGCAAUAAAGGCGGUAAUGAGUUUGUUUAUCACUGCUCUUGCAAUUUGGACUUUCAUAUUGAAUGUGCUUUGUUUACAUUUAAUAUUGCUGAGAAUAAUUUGAAAGAGCUUGAGCAUGUUGCCCUUCAAGAUGAAGAACUUGAAGAUUAUAGUAAGUGCUUUGGGUGUUGGGAACCAUUAGCAAAGUAUACACACUUUUCUCCUGACUGUGGAUUUAAUUUACAUGAGAAAUGCGCUGAGCUUCCCUUCAAACUGAAUCUUGUGUGCCAUCGCGAACAUCCUCUUGUUCUACAAUUUAAAAGCCGAGGGCUUUCUUGCAAGAUAUGCGGAGAAAACAAUGAACUAGCUAAAGGAUUUGUUUAUGGUUGUUCUCCUUGUAAGUUUGUUGUUCACAUUGAAUGUGCAUCGCAAUCACCAUUACAAGUUAUUAAGAGUACAAAUCAUGAACAUCCAUUUACCUUGUUUAACGGGCACCAACAUCCCCUGUUUCUUAUGUUGAAUCAAGAGCAGCUGAUGGACAAUCAAAGGGGUGUAACUGAUUGCUCGAGGUGUGGGGAGAAGGUGUCUGCUCCAUGUUUUUGCUGUGCGGAGCACUGUGGGUUUUAUAUUCAUAAGGUAUGUGCCAAGGCACCUUUGGAGCUUAAUCACCCUUUUCAUCUCAACCAUCCUCUUCUUAUGCAAAAUGCACCUUAUUCAUCCGGAAUGUACAUUUGCAAUUUUUGCAAUAAAUCUGGCCACAAGUCUGUUUAUCGCUGCUCUUCUUGUGAAUUGGACUUUCAUAUUAAAUGUGCUUUGUUUACAUUUAAUAUUGCUGAGAAUAAUUUGAAACAGCUUGAGCAUGUUGCCCUUCAACAUCCAUUGAUUCCGACUGAAAAUGGUGAUGAAAAACUUAAAGAUGUUUCUAACUGCUUUGGGUGCCGGGAACCAUUAGCAAAUUAUACACGCUUUUCUCCUUGCCAUGGAUUUAACUUACAUGAGAAAUGCACUGAGAUUCCUUUCAAAUUGAAUCAUGUGUGGCAUCGCAAGCAUCCUCUUCUCCUACAAUUUAAUAGCGAACGGCUUUCUUGCAAGAUAUGCUGCCAGGUAACAAUGCGAAGAGGAUUUGUUUAUGGUUGUUCUCCUUGUAAGUUUGUUGUUCAUAUUGAAUGCGCAUCACAAUCACCAUUAAAAGUUAUUAAGAGUACAAAUCAUGAACAUCCAUUCACCUUGUUGUUGAGACAAGUUCCAUUCACAUGUGAUGGGUGUGGCACUGAAGGAAAUCAUGUUGUCUAUUCAUGUGGUGCAUGCAACAUUAUAAUCCAUAAAAAUUGCAUUUCAUUGCCUCGCAUUAUCAAAAGUAAGUGGCAUGACCAUCGCCUUCUUCACACAUAUUUCCAUCACAUAGAAGAUUUUAGGGUUUUGAAUUGCCUAAUAUGCCAUGAUGAAGUCAAUACAGAGCAUGGUAGUUACUAUUGUUCAAAGUGCAAUGGUAUAUUCCAUGUGAAGUGUGCACUGAAGGAUAAAGAUUCAUAUGAAAUAGUAGAAAAUGAAGAUGAGAUUGAGAUGCCCAAUGAAAGUUCCAUCAUUGUUAUUGAGAGCAACGAUGCUGGAGAAGCUACAAAAAUAAAGCAUUUCAAGCAUAUGCAUAAUUUAAUGUUAGGUCCCUUUGUUGGAGGAUAUGAAAAUAGUUGCGACGGGUGUAUGUUGCCAAUCUCGGAUCCGUUUUACUACUGUUCAGAAUGUGUUUUUUUUCUUCAUAAAGCGUGUGCCGAGUUACCUAAGAUGAAGAAUGUUUGGCAUCAUGAUUGCAAAGAGCCUUUAGCCCUUAUUUCUGACAAAGCUUUUGUGUGUAAACUAUGUUGGCACAUAUCUAAUGCCUUUGCUUAUGAAUGUUGUGGAUGUAAGAAAAAAACAUGUCUCCGAUGUGUGAUUGCUCUUACUCCUGGUGCUCGAACAUGUUUGAAACAUGAACACCCCCUCUUUUACUACACAAAGCACAAUGGGAAAUGCAAUGCUUGUGGUAUGACUACACAUUGGGGUAUGGCUAUACAGGGGGCAUUCUGUUGUAAGGAUUGCGAUUUUGUGCUACAUCUUCGUUGUUUUUCACUUCCAAUUACAGCUCGUCACAAAUGCGAUGAGCAUCUUCUUUCACUCACUCAUCAUGAUGAUAACAGUUAUUCAGAACAUCAUUAUUGUGAUAUCUGUGAAGGAAGUCGAGAUCCAAAUUAUUGGCUUUAUAAUUGUGCAACAUGUGAUACUUCUGCUCAUGUUUAUUGUGUUCUUGGAAAUUAUUCAUUCCUCAAACUCCGGAGCAUUUACGAAGAAAAUGAUCAUCCACACCCACUCACCUUUGUGAUGAAGAAGUAUUACUACCCAGAUUGUGAUAAAUGCGGUGAGCCUUGUGAAGGUAUGGCUCUUGAAAGCUCAAAGUCGGAAUGCAAAUUUAUUGUCCACUGGGAUUGUGUAGUACCCACUUCUCUAUGGGGUUAGUGAGUGUGGUACAAGUGGUAAUUCAAAUGUAAUCAUAUUUGAAAUCUGCCGCUUCAUUUGCAGGAAAGCUCAAGACUGAAAAACAGGGUUUAAUCUUUUCCCUGUUACUUGUGAUAUUAGUUAUUAUUGUAGCUGUAAUUUGGUUUUUCAGACAUUUUAAAUUUUAAAUAAAUGUCAUGUAAAAAUCUGGAGCUGAAAGUUGUGAGGUUUGGUUAUUGAUUUUAGAAUUUCUUAUAAUUUGGGAAUGUGAUUGUGCUUACAAUAAUAAAAGCGAUGCUUCUCUUUGUUUUUUUAUAUAA